AUGGCUACUUCUGAAAACCAUUCAAAUAAUAAACAUAAGGAAACCUCUCAAGAAAUUUUAGGAAACCUUGAUUUGAAUAAAAUGUUUUCUGAUAAUAAUAAUGAAAUAUCAAGAACACAUGAUAAAGAUAUAAGUUCUGAAUUUGAUGUUAAUCCAUCACCAGUAAGAACUCAAAAUAAUAACAUUUCUCAUCAUUCUUCAUUAGUUACGGAAAAUAAUAUUAACAGUAACAAUGAUAAUAGAAAACGUAGUUUAACUUCUGAUAAUAAUACCAACAAUAGUGAUAGAAAGGGGAGGGAGAAUGAUGAUAUUAGAGAUGAGCAACAUGGUGAUGGUGGUGAUGAUGACCAUUUAUCCAAGAAAAUAAAAUUAACAUCUGAUGAUAUCCCUAAUUUGCAACAACCAAACUCUAAUGCUGAUGACGAUUCUAAAUCAAAUGAUGUUGAUGGAUCUCCAGUAGCCAUUGAAAUGUAUGAUAAUCAAAUUAGUCCUAUUAAAAUUAAUUUUGAUGAUGUAGAUUCUCCAUAUCAUAUUGCAACUGUAGCAUCUAAUGCAAAAAAUAACAACUCACCUUUACCAAAAUCUCAGGGCACGGAUAGUAAUAGUGAUAAUAACAAUGAUAAUAACAAUGAUAAUAACAAUGAUAAUAACAAUGCUAAUAACAGUCUCAUUAACAGAGAAACAUCUCUAUCAACGCCUAGUAAGAAUACUACAUUUGAAUUACAAAAAUUGACUCCAAUUCGCAAUGCUAAUCAUAAUAGCAUAAAUAAUGAGGAACAAAAUAGUUUUAUGAAAUUAAUUGAAGCUGAGCAUAGAGAAUAUCAAGAAUUAAUUCAAAGAAAUGAAGAAAUCACGGAUAGAUUACAUUGUUUAGAUAAACAAUAUAAUCAAUUACUUUCCAAACAUGAACAAACUAAUUAUCAAUAUCAAAUUAUCAAGAAUAAAAACGACACUAUUAAUAAAAAAUUUGAUAAUAAGAUACUUCAACUUAAUAAAGAGAUUGAAAAUUAUAAGAUUAAAGUGGAGAAAUUAAAUAAUAAAUUACAAACAAACAAGAAAAGAUUACUGGAAACCCGUGAUGAAGUUAAAAUGUUAAAUCAAAAUCAAAGUAUAUUACAAGAAAAGUUUGAUAAACAAAGUCAUGAAAUUCUUGAAUUGAGAAACAUUGAUGAUAGUAAAGAAAAAUAUAAAUUUGAAUUAGAAAAUAAACUUAAAGUCAAAGAUGAUGAAAAUCUUUCUAAAACAAAUGAAAUUAAUCUUUUAACUGAUGAUUUACAAAAAUUACAAGAACAAUUGGAUUUGAAAUUAAAAGAACUCUCUAAUAACUCAUUAAAAUUGGAAGAAUUAAAUGAUCUAAUUGAACGAAAGGAUUUGGAGAUUAAAGAGAUUAAUGAAAAAUAUCAAGGUACCAUAAAUCUAAAUGAAGGUAAACAUGAUGAUUUAGUUAAACAAGUGGAAGAAUUAAUCAUGAAAAGAAUUGAACUUGAAACACAAUUGGAUCAACAAGAUAAGGAUACUAAAGAAAUUAUUGAACAAAUAAAGAAAGAAUUAAAUAAAAUGGAGGAAGACAAAAAUUCUAAAGAAUAUCAAAUUAUUGAAUUUGAAAAAAAAAUUGAUGAAUUACAAGGGAAAAUUAAUAAUCAGAAUGACGAACUUUUAAAAUUAAAAGAAUCUUAUGAUAAGAUUAAUGAUAAUUUUGAAAUUAAGAAUGCUGAAGUAAUUCAAUUGAAUGAAGAAAUUAAAGAAUUACGAAGUAAUGAAAUUAAUUUAAAAGAAAAAAUAUCUAACGAUGAGAAAAAUAGCAAUGAUUGGAAAGCUAAAUAUGAAUCAUCUAAGAUUGAAAAUGAAAAAAUCUUGAUUGAAAAGAGUGAAAAUCAUUCAAUGAAAAUAAAUGAAUUGAAUGAAGAUCAUUUAAAAGAAUUAGAAAAUAUUCAUGAAACAAUGAAGAUCUUACAACAAGAUUUAAAGACAAAUAUUGAAACCUUGAACAAUGUUACUAAUAUAAAGAUUGAUUUAGAAGUAGAGAAUUUAGAAUUAAAGAAGAAGUUAAAAGCCCUUGAAGUUGGAACUGAAACUGAAACUGAAACUGAAACUGAAACUAAAACUAAAAUUGAAACCAAAGAAAAUUUAGUUUAUGAAGAAUCUCAAGAAGAGAAGGAUAAGCUAAAAGCCAAAGACGAUCAAAUUGAACAAUUAAAGAUUUCAUUCGAAGAAGAUCAAACUAAGAUUAAAAAUCUCACACAACAAUUAAAUGAAUCUCUAGAACAAAUACAGAAAAAUAAAGAAGAGUCUGACAAUAGGAUACGAUUAAUGGCUGACGAUUUAUAUAAUCAAUAUGCAGCUAAACAUGCACAAAAGGUAUUGAUGCUGAAAAAAGGCUAUGAAAAAAAUAUCAAGAAAAAUUCCAUGAUUUAA